UUUUGACAUUUGAUCUGUCAUUUUUGCGUCACAUCGGCAUUUCGGACCAAAACACGAUUCAAAAACCCAUCAAAAAUGAAAAUAGCCGUGGAAGGAUGUGCCCACGGCGAACUCGACACCAUUUACAGCACCAUCCGGUACCUCGAGGAAAAAGAGGGCUUCAAAAUCGACCUCCUUAUUUGCUGUGGGGAUUUCCAGGCGUCUCGAAACGAAGAAGACUUACGAUGUAUGGCAGUGCCCCCGAAGUACUGCAAAAUCUGCUCUUUCUACAAGUACUACACCGGCGAAAAAGCGGCCCCAGUACUGACGAUAUUCAUCGGGGGCAACCACGAAGCGUCCAACCAUUUGCAGGAGCUGCCGUACGGUGGUUGGGUGGCCCCUAACAUCUACUAUCUGGGUUACGCCGGGGUGAUAAAUAUAGCUGGGGUGCGAAUUGGAGGGAUUUCGGGGAUCUACAAGCCGAAAGAUUACAUGAGGGGGCACUUUGAGUACUCCCCGUACAACGACAACACGAAACGCAGCGUCUACCACAUCAGGAACUUGGAGGUGUUCCGAUUAAAGCAGAUUUCAGAGCCUUUGAAUAUUUUUUUGUCGCACGAUUGGCCUAACGGGAUUUGGGAGUACGGAAACAAGACGCAAUUGAUUAAAUUCAAGCCGUACUUUGAAAAGGAUAUAGAAAAUGGUGAUUUAGGCAGCAAACCGACGGGAGAAUUAUUAGACGUUUUGAAACCAGAUUAUUGGUUUUCGGCUCAUCUGCACUGUAAGUUUGCAGCGGUGGUUCCUCAUUCCUGUGGCAAGACUACGAGGUUUCUGGCGCUGGAUAAGUGCCUACCACAGAGACGGUUCAUGCAAAUUGUGGAUGUACCCCACAAUACGAAUUUGAAGACUGAGAUUAGCUAUGAUUUAGAGUGGUUGACUAUUUUGAGGUUAACUAAUCAUCUUCUUAGUGUUAAGAACGUUAAUAAUUACAUGCCUGGACCCACUGGCAAUGAAAAAUGGUGCUUUAAACCCACAGAAGCUGAGAAGUCGGACACUUUGGAGAUAUUUGGCGAGAAUUUGGUUGUCCCUGACAAUUUUGAAAAGACAGCUGAGGGUUAUAAAGGUUACAAAAUGAAAAACGUGCGACAACCUCAGGCAGUUUGUAACCCACAAACUGUGUUAUUUUGUAAAAAAUUGUCCAUAGAUGAUCCUCUAACUCUCAUUCUUAAUCUAGAUCUUAGUGUAGAUAAUGCAGCUGAAGGUGCUACAGACCUUAGUAUAGACAGAACAUUCGUAGAUAGUGAAGUUUCCACAACCACUCCAGUGCAAAAGAAAAUGGUGCUUAAUCUCCCUAAACCCGUGAACGACGACGACGUCCCCGAGACCGAAGAGUUACAAAAUCCAGAAACCCCUGAGUGUGUACAAAGUCCAGUUGAAGAAGCCGCCGACGAACCAAAUUCAAGCAAGAAGUUCAAACGAAGAAACGCGUCGAUUUAUCAAAACGACUAAAACCUAAUUUUAAGAAUAACACUAAAUCUCGUGCAUUUUUGUCUAUUGUAUUAAUAAUAAUUGUAAAUAAAAAAUAAGUGUCAA